AUGCAGGAACCAACAGCCUACAACAUCAUCCCUACAAAACUAAUACCCAACUCUCCCAAGCCACUCCUCCAUUACAAGAACGCCUUCGUCCAAGAUGGAAAGCUUGACAUAGGACUCGCAUACGAUACCUUUGUGAAAAACGGGUGGGAAAUACAAUGGGUCACACAAUACGCCCGGUGUCAACGGUCGCACUACCACCCCGAAACCCACGAAGCGAUGGUAGUCGUAUCUGGGCCUGGUCAGAUCCGCUGGGGCGUCGCAGACCUUGACGAGGAUGAAGAAAAACAUACCUACGGGGAUGCGCGUGAAGAGGGUGGACUCCUGCUGGAUGUUAAUGUCGGCGAUCUAUUUGUUAUCCCAGCUGGUGUGGCCCAUAAGAAUUAUGACCCCUUUACGACAAGUCCACGUGUUAAUUGUCUAACUGGAAACGCGCGUGGAAUCCAGUCCGAUGAUCCUCGGGCCAUGGUGCAGGGGUUGGAGAUGAAAGGGUUUAUGAUGAUGGGUGCUUAUCCGCGUGGGGAAAUUUGGAGUUGGGGAGAUGGUGGGGAUUCCCCGGAUUUCCACGCUAUUUGGAACGUGGAAAAUCCUGAGUUGGAUCCUUUUGUUGGGAGUGAGGGAGGAAUUGGCAAGUACUGGAAGUGA